AUGAAGCUACUGGGAACGCCACCGGACUGGGAGAGUGGCCCGGACAUCCUGCGGAGAGAGGUGGACGCCGGCCCGAGGAGCGCGCGCGCGCUCCCCGCCCCCAGCCCCGGAGCGGCUCGCGGCAGGCUCCGCGCCGCAUCUCUGGGCGAAGCAGCGCAGCGCUGCGGCCUUUCGGCAACCGAGCGGCAGCGGCGGGUCAGGACAAAGAGGCGUGGGCAGGCCGCUGGGCCGGCUGGUGCCAUCCGUGCCAUCAUGGCAGAGAAAGUGAACAACUUCCCACCGUUGCCCAAAUUCAUCCCCCUGAAGCCAUGUUUCUACCAAGACUUUGAGGCAGACAUUCCUCCCCAGCAUCUCAGCAUGACCAAGCGCCUCUACUACCUCUGGAUGUUGAACAGCGUCACGCUGGCCGUGAACCUGGUGGGCUGUCUCGCGUGGCUGAUCGGAGGCGGGGGAGCCACCAACUUUGGCCUCGCCUUUCUCUGGCUCAUCCUCUUCACACCCUGCUCCUACGUCUGCUGGUUUCGGCCCAUUUACAAGGCCUUCAAGACUGACAGCUCCUUCAGCUUCAUGGCAUUCUUCUUCACCUUCAUGGCCCAGCUGGUCAUCAGCAUCAUCCAGGCUGUGGGCAUCCCAGGCUGGGGCGUCUGCGGUUGGAUCGCUACCAUCUCCUUCUUCGGAACAAACGUUGGCUCAGCAGUGGUGAUGCUCAUUCCCACCAUUAUGUUCACGGUUGUGGCUGUGUUUUCCUUCAUCGCCCUCAGCAUGGUUCAUAAAUUCUACCGGGGCAGUGGGGGGAGUUUCAGCAAAGCUCAGGAGGAGUGGACCACAGGGGCAUGGAAGAACCCACACGUGCAGCAGGCGGCCCAGAAUGCAGCCAUGGGGGCGGCCCAGGGUGCCAUGAAUCAGCCGCAGACUCAGUAUUCCGCCACCCCCAACUAUACAUACUCCAAUGAGAUGUGAGCCAGCCAAGCCUACCAGGAGGGCAGGGCUGGGGGUCCGUGGGACGGGGACUCAAGCCACAUU